AUGUCAGCCAAUCGCUACGACACAGCUUUUCCACCGCCCUCUCACCAUACCCAUCGGAAAGGGGGUACGACAAGACGAUACCAUUUCGCCGAAGCUGUUCACGGCUGCAUUGCAAUGGAUAAUGAAACCACUUUCCUGGAAAGAAUUGGCGUACGUAUUGAUGGAAGAUUUCUCUCGAACCUUCGUUUCGCGGACGACAUCGUUCUCUUUUCGAGCAGUACCAAUGAAGCAGAAACGAUGCUCACCGAGUUGAACGAAACAGAGAAGAGGAUAGUACUACGAAUGAACAGAAAAAAGACACAAUUCAUGAAGAACGCCUACUGUGAGGAUGGAGGAGUACAACUUAAAGGCUCAGAAAGGCGUGAAUGA